UGCUUGUGCUUUUCACGAGAGAGGGGAGAGAGAUAUAGAGAGAGAGACAAGAGAUUCUUCGGGGGGGAAGCACAGAAGAAAGGGUUUAAGAAGAUUUUCAUUUCCAGGUCUCGAUAAUGGCUUCAAGACUGGUUGUUCAACAGGAAAAUAGAGUAGGCGAGGCAUUACCUGGGGGCGUUAAGCAGAAAAACAUGGCAGCAGAAAGAAAGAAUCGUCCUGCACUUACCAACAUCGGGAAUCGGGUUACGAUUCCUGGCGUCGAGGGCAAACCAGUUCCUAAAGUCUCCCGUCCCGUUACAAGGAGCUUUCGCGCACAAUUGCUUGCUAAUGCACAGGCUGCAGCAGCUGAAAACAAGAAGAAUGCUUUGAUAGCAAAUGGAGCUCUACCUAACCAGAAAGCUAUGGGAAGGAAGGAAGCUCAGAAGAAAGCCAUUGUCAAACCAAGAAAGCCCGAGGAGAUUGUCGAAAUUAGUCCUGAUACAGAAGAAAUUGUUGAGAAAGACGAAGCUCAGAAGAAAGCAACUGUCAAACCAAAAAAAACGGAUGACAUUAUCAACAUUAGUCAUGAUACUGCAGAAGUUCUUAAGAAAGACGAGCCGGUGAAACAAGAAAAGGCCGGAGAAGGGUCAUCGAAGAAAAAAGCUCCAACUCUGACUUCAACGCUCACCGCACGAAGCAAGGCUGCUUGUGGCCUGAGCAAAAAACCGAAGGAGCAAAUAGUCGAUAUUGAUGCUGCAGAUGUGAAUAAUGAUUUGGCAGCUGUCGAAUAUGUCGAAGAAAUAUACAAGUACUACAAGUCUGUUGAGAAUGAGAGCCGAGUUAACUAUUACAUUGAUUCACAACCUGAGAUAAACGAAAAAAUGAGAGCAAUUCUGAUUGAUUGGUUGAUCCAAGUACACCACAAAUUCGAGCUCUCACCAGAAACUCUUUACUUGACAAUCAACAUUGUUGAUCGGUAUCUAGCAACGAAGACUACAUUAAGGAAGGAACUGCAGUUGUUGGGCAUAAGUGCUAUGCUUAUAGCCUCUAAAUAUGAAGAAAUUUGGGCUCCUGAGGUUAACGAUUUAGUGUGCAUCUCAGACAGAGCUUAUUCUAAUGAGCAAGUAUUGGCUAUGGAAAAACGAAUUCUUGGUGAAUUGGAAUGGAACUUAACCGUUCCCACAUUAUAUGUGUUCCUCGUGCGCUUUAUCAAGGCUUCUUUGACUGAUUCCGAUGUGGAGAACGCAGUCUAUUUCUUGGCUGAGCUGGGAAUGAUGAACUACGUGACUCUCAUGUACUGUCCUUCAAUGAUUGCUGCCUCAGCAGUCUAUGCUGCUCGCUGCACCCUAAACAAGGCGCCCUUCUGGAACGAGACUCUUAAACUGCACACGGGUUUCUCAGAGUUGCAACUUACGAAUUGCGCUAAGCUGCUCGUUAGCUUCCAUUCGGUGGCUGCAGAACACAAUCUCAAGACGAUCUACAGAAAAUACUCAAGCGAGGAGCGAGGAGCUGUUGCACUCCUACCACCGGCUAAAUUUCUUACAGUUGCAUAGUGAAUUUUUUGGGGAUUCUUUGAUCAAUGGAUUAAAAAUGUGUGGCAAAAGAAGAAGAAUUUUAUUGUACAAUUAAUCCAUACCUUGGCAAUUCAUUUGAAUCAUUUCCGUACUUAGCAAUUUCUCUACACUUUUCCUUCA